AUGUUGCCGUAUUCGUCAUAUGCCGCCGCUUUGGAUCAAAUCCAUAGCAUAAACCAGGAACUGGCGAUGUUUGCUCCGAAUGGACGGUAUUUUCCUUUGGAGGCUGGUGGCGCAGGAUUUGGUAUGCCGUACUUUGGACUAAACCAAUGGUCAUUGCCGUUUUCAUUUCUGAAGGCGGCCCAUCGACCAGAAAAGCCACCGUUUUCUUACAUCGCGCUGAUCGCGAUGGCUAUCAGCAGUGCACCCAACCAGCGCUUGACGCUCAGUGGAAUUUACAAGUACAUUAUGGAUAACUUCCCUUAUUAUCGGGAGAACAAACAAGGCUGGCAGAACUCAAUUCGGCACAAUCUGUCCUUGAACGAUUGCUUCAUCAAGGUACCUCGUGAUAAAUCGUCAACCACCAGUGCCAAAACGGGCCUUUCGGCCGACGAGGUAGACUCGCACGAUGGAAGCCUCCCUGGUGGCGGUGGCAAGGGCAGCUACUGGAUGCUGGACCCUUCGGCAAACGAUAUGUUUGAGCAGGGCAAUUAUCGCCGACGGAGGACGCGUCGCCAGCGGAACGCUAAAAUGAUCCUGAAUGGCCAUUUCCAGGCAUCACCAUUCGCGAUGGCAUUUUCCUCUUCGUCAGUUGCAGCGGCGGCCGCUGCUGCGGAAUUCAUUAAAACAACAACAUCUGCGGACGAUUUUCAUCAUCUGAUAGGCGGCCACAAAUUGGAGGGAAGUUUACCGAGCGGUUACCCGGGGGCACUCGCCGGCCAAACGGCAUUUUCGCUGUCGAGCUCUUCAUUACCUGGUGUGCUUCUGAUGCCUUCCUCAUCGCCGUGCGACUCAUCGAACUCGACAUGCUCCUCACCACCCACGCAGCAGCAUCAGCAGCAGCACCACUAUCAACUCAAGUAUCAUGAGCAACAAUCAGCUUCAGGUGGACCAAUUUCCACAAAUGAAAACAUGAAACGAGAUUUUGAUGAAGCAACCGAUAACAGCAGUCUAACGAGCUUCCUCGCCAUCGACACCGCAGGAUUCACGACAAGGAAGACACCCGCGGUCGAUGGCUCUCAGUUUGCGAGCGCUGCCGAUAAUUAUUUAGAUAAAUUUCAAUCGAAUUUCCCUUCGCUGGAUGCAGUCCUAGGCGAACUGAAUGCGGUGAAAUUUAAAAACUUUGCAAGCGCUACAGGCGACUGUUUGGAAGAUGAAGCUUACGGUAGAUUGUCCCAGUGCUAUCCCCCGGAAGAGAAUGGUGAGUGUGGAAAUGUAAACAGCUCACCGCAAGGGGAACCACAACACAGCCAGUUAGCGGAAGAGCUAGGGAACCCUCCCGGUGCCAGCAUGAUGUCGCCAGAUUGCCUUCGGUUGAGAGCAAGUGGCUUAAAGUCGAGUAAUUUCAGCAUUGAAAGCAUUAUGCGAAAGCAGUAA